AUGGACAGCUCCAAGGCCUUACCAGUCUAUCCCCAGCCACCAAGAAACUGGCAGCCUCAGGACGAGACCCCAGAGGCUCUGAGCAAGUACACAAACAUCACAGAUGUGCUACAGGGGCCGAUGCCCUCCACCAAGAAGAAAUCCAAUGCAAAACAAGACACAGAUGGGAUCUGGACUCCCCAAGACAUGGAGACCUAUCCAGACCCAGAACUACUCAACUACAUUGAUGAGCUGUGUGCCCAGGAGGACUUCACUGAUAAGGUGGAGGCCAUCAUUCACCCUCGAUUCCUAGCAGAACUGCUUUCCCCUGAUGCACAGCUGGAUCUCAUGGCCCUGGUGGAGGAGUUGGAGAAGGAGGAAGUGCUGAUUGCUGAGCAGGUGGUGGAGAAGCCCCUUUCCCUCUUGAGUGAGGAUUGGGCUGUGGGGGCAACCGCCACUCAGCAAGCACUCUUAUUGGACACCAUUCCUGAGGCUGUCACCUGCCAAGGUGCACAGAGUGAAGACUGUGCCCAGCCAAAUGCAGUCAGUGCUGACAUCGACUCACAACAGUUGUACUAUGGUGCCUUGUCCAGGAAUAGUUUGCUAAACCAACGGCCACAAAAACAUCUCAGGAUUCAUUCCAGAAAGAUUCAGCUUUUACAUUGAUGUGUACAAAUGAUUUUGAAUUCCUCUUUAUAAGUGGCAC